CCAUCUGCCGGCCCUGACUGAGAGCCUUCAGAAACAAAGGACCUGAGGGGGACGCUCCAUCCACCAGCUGGACACCUCCUUCCCAGCCAGCCCUGCCCACUCCCCGCAAGUCCCUCCGUCCACUGGCGCCUGCAUCUGGAGACCCCAUGGCUCGGGCUCGUUGGGGCUGCUGCCCCUAUCUUGUCUUCCUCUGCGCUUGUGCCUGGGGCUACCCAAGGCCAGCUGACCUGGGAAGAGAGGACGUGAGAAACUGCUCCAUUAGCCCCCCGUACCUCCCGGUUACAGCAGUCAAUACCACCGCGCGCCUCACAGCCCUCCGCCAGCAGAUGCAGGCCCAGAACCUCUCCGCUUACAUCGUCCCAGACACGGAUGCCCACAUGAGCGAAUACAUCGGCAAACAUGAUGAGAGGCGCGCGUGGAUGACAGGCUUUACAGGAUCAGCAGGAACCGCUGUGGUGACCCUGGCAAAGGCAGCUCUCUGGACCGACAGUCGCUACUGGACUCAGGCUGAACGGCAGAUGGACUGCAACUGGGAGCUCCAUCAGGAAGUUGGCACCACCCCCAUUGUCACCUGGCUCCUCACGGAGAUUUCAGCUGGACAGCGUGUGGGCUUUGACCCCUUCCUCUUCUCAAUAGACUCCUGGGAAAGUUAUGACCUGGCCCUUCAGAAUUCGAACAGACCGCUAGUGUCCAUCACGAACAACCUUGUAGACCUGGUGUGGGGAGCAGAGAGGCCUCCCAUUCCCAGCCAGCCAAUUUAUGCCCUGCAGGAGGCAUUCACAGGGAGCACCUGGCAGGAGAAGAUCUCUGGCAUCCGGAGUCAGAUGCAGAAGCAUCGCAGGGCCCCGACGGCCGUCCUUCUGUCCGCGCUUGAUGAGACAGCCUGGCUCUUCAACCUGCGCAGCAGCGACAUCCCCUACAACCCCUUCUUCUAUUCUUACGUGCUGCUCACGGAUUCCACCAUCAGGCUAUUUGCAAACAAGAGUCGCUUUAGUGCUGACACGCUGAAGUACCUAAACGCCAGCUGCACAGGGGCCAUGUGUGUACAAAUUGAGGACUACAGCCAAGUUCGCGACAGCGUCCAGUCCUAUGCCUCAGGAAGCGUGAGGAUAUGGAUUGGGACCAGCUAUACCACUUACGGGCUCUAUGAAGUGAUACCCACGGAGAAACUCGUGGCAGACACUUACUCCCCAGUGAUGAUGACCAAGGCGGUGAAAAACAGCAGGGAGCAAGCUCUCCUCAAAGCCAGCCAUGUUCGAGAUGCCGUGGUAGUCAUCCGGUACUUGGUCUGGCUGGAGAAGAAUGUGCCCAAAGGCACAGUCACCGAAUACUCUGGGGCGCAGUUUGUGGAUGAGCUCAGAGGAAACGAAGAGUUCUCUUCAGGACCCAGCUUUGAAACCAUCUCGGCUAGUGGCCUGAAUGCUGCGCUGGCCCACUACAGCCCCACCAAGGAGGUGCACCGCAAGCUAUCCUCGGAUGAGAUGUACUUGGUGGAUUCUGGGGGACAAUACUGGGACGGAACCACGGAUAUCACCAGAACGGUCCACUGGGGCACCCCCUCCGCUUUCCAAAAGGAAGCAUACACCCGAGUACUGAUGGGAAACAUUGACCUGUCCAGACUCAUCUUUCCUGAUGCCACCUCAGGGCGAGUGAUGGAGGCAUUUGCCCGCAGAGCCUUGUGGGAUGUGGGACUCAAUUAUGGCCAUGGAACCGGCCAUGGCAUCGGCAACUUCCUGUGUGUGCACGAGUGGCCAGUGGGAUUCCAGUCCAACAACAUUGCCAUGGCCAAGGGCAUGUUCACUUCCAUCGAACCUGGUUACUAUCAGGACGGGGAGUUUGGGAUCCGUCUCGAAGAUGUGGUCCUCGUGGUAGAAGCAAAGACCAAGUACCCAGGAACCUACUUGACCUUUGAAACGGUGUCCUUGGUACCCUAUGACCGGAACCUCAUCGAUGUCAGCCUGUUAUCCCCGGAGCAGCUCCAGUACCUGAAUGGCUACUACAGGACCAUUCGUGAGAAAGUGGGCCCGGAGCUGCGCCGGCACCAGCUGCUGGAGGAGUGGGAGUGGCUUCAGCGGCACACAGAGCCUCUGGACUCCAGGGCCCCACGCACUGCCCCCCUGGCCACCGCGCUAGCAGCCUCUACUCUUGCCAUGCUCAGCUGGAGCAUCUAGAAGCUCCAGCCACCCCUGCUGACCCCUCCUCCACCUAGAUGUGGGGCUCAGCUCUCUUCACCCCGCACCCCAAGCACCACCCAAGACCCCACCAUCAGCCCAUUGCCUGGUGACUCUUGCUCUCAGCUUCCUUCUCCAGGACCACGCACAUGCUCAGCUCUCAACCACGGAGCCAAGGAAGUCCCUUCCUUCCCAUAAGUCCAGUCGACCCCACCUGGCAGAGGCUGCUACUGCUGCCCACCCCCCAACACCCAGACCAUUUGGGCAGGGUCUCUCCCCCCGUCCCCGCAGCGGCUCAGGGCCCUAGGAGAGCCCUUGCUGGAUGUACCCACACUGGUCCUGACUUGUGGUCUUUCCAUAUCCUUGAAGCCACAGCUGGCCCUGGCCCACCUGGUCCUAGUGCCCGGCGCCAGGGGAGUCUAGGGGUGUUGUUGUCUGUAGGUUUUGGCCCUACCAUAGACAGGAACAGCUGGACUUCCCUGGCCGGCGUGACUCUCAGCCUAAAAGCUGCCAGUUCAAAUCCACUCAGCAGCAGCACUGUGGAAGAAAGGCCUGGCAACCUGCUCCUGUAAAGACGACAACCAAGAACACCCCAUGGAGCAGUUGUCCUGUGUAACAACAUGGCGUCAGCCUGAGUCAGAAUGGCUUCCACGGCAAA